CCUGCGGGCUGGCAGCUGGCAGGCUGCCGUCCGCCAAGAUGGUUCACCAUUCAGGCUCCAUCCAGUCCUUUAAGCAGCAGAAAGUAAUGUGGGAAUACAAUAGGUCAAUAUUCUAUGAAGCAGUAGGCAGAUGGAUUUGCACAGAAUUGUCGUCUUGCUCUAUUUGGAAACUGUUGUUUCAUUGAGAAUAACUGCAGCUGGAGUAUUGCAUGCUUCUGUAACUGCAGAGUUAAGGUGUAACUUCCAAUAACAACCACCUUGAAUUCGUUGGACAUCUGACUAGCCAAGUUAUCUAUGAAUAGUUGUGUGGAUGUGAAGUUUCACUGUCAGACUUCUCCAGUGAAGUGGUGCUUGAGCAGCUGCUCUUCUCCUAUGUGCUCCAGCUUCUUAACCAUCAACCCUCUCUUGGACUGUCUCCAGCAUAUUGUGGUCUUCUCUGCAGGGAUGUCCCAAAACUAGGUCCACACACUGUGCUUGGUGGUUAGAAUGGGGUUUUCCAUCAAGUUUCAAUCUUCUGAACUCUGCUUCAGCCGAACUGGAUGGUAUUCAUGUUCACUUAUGCUGAUGCUGAUAAGCAUGGAAAAUCUUGAAGAUGGUGUAUGAAUACAAGCAGGAGUGAGACAGUGAAAGAACAUCCAUUAAAACCCUCUAGAAGAUCUAUGCCAUGCCUAGCCCAGAGCCAAACACAUCCUCAGAGUCUGAGCAAACAUUCAUCAUUUCUGCAGCCAAAUCUUGUGCAGCCACAGCCCCGGCCUCAGCCUCUAAGUGCAGGGACAUCUACAGCUACAGUGGAUGUAGUGUCAGAACGAGCUAAAGUGAUGGAGACUUUGGAAAACAACUUGCUUAAGCUGUCUAAUACAGAAUACAGUGAUCCAUUUUUAGAUGUAAGAAAGGAAAAAGACACAUACACAGAUGAUUCAGAACAUGGAAAUUAUGAUGCUCGGACAGAUCAGUCAUUGCUUAUUCAAAACAAGCUUAGCAGACAGAAAACAGAGCCUCGGACUAAAUCAUCUCUAAAGGCUGAUGCCAUGGCCUCAUCUGGACUCUUCUUCAAAGAUGGCAAAAAGCGCAUUGAUUACAUCUUGGUCUACAAAAAGUCAAGUCCACAGGUAGAAAAAAGAAGCACAUUUGAGAAGAAUUUGAGAGCAGAAGGGUUGAUGUUAGAACGAGAGCCAGCUGUUACAAACAAUGAUAUCAUGUUUGUUAAAAUCCACUGUCCGUGGGAGACACUGUGCAAAUAUGCAGAAAGAAUGAAUAUCAGGAUGCCUUUCAGGAAAAAAUGUUAUUACACUGACUGGAGGAGCAAAACCAUGGGCAGUUUGCAGAGGAACAUGAGAGAGCUGAAAAGCUGGUUGCCCAGAAAUCCAAUGAAGCUUGACAAGGAGGCCCUACCUGAUCUGGAAGAAACAGAUUGCUACACAGCACCCUUUAGCCGUGCACGCAUACACCAUUUUACAAUAAACAACAAAGACAGCUUCUUCAGCAAUUCCACAAGGAGUAGAAUCGUGCAUCACAUGCUGCAGAGGACUAAGUAUGAAGAUGGAAAAUCCAAAAUGGGUAUUAAUAGACUACUAAACAAUGGAACAUAUGAAGCAGCAUUUCCACCACAUGAGGGAAGCCACAAAAGCAGACAUCCCAUCAAAACACACGGAGCUCAGAAUCACAGACACCUCUUAUAUGAGCGAUGGGCACGGUGGGGAAUGUGGUACAAAUACCAACCUCUCGAUUUAAUCAGGAGAUACUUUGGUGAAAAAAUUGGACUAUAUUUUGCCUGGCUGGGAUGGUAUACUGGAAUGCUUAUUCCUGCUGCCCUGGUUGGACUCUUUGUUUUCCUCUAUGGAUUAUUUACAAUGGAUUCCAGCCAAGUAAGCAAAGAGAUCUGUGAGGCAAAUGAAACCAUCAUGUGCCCUAUGUGUGAACGCAAUUGCACGCUACAGAAACUCAAUGAAAGCUGCAUAUACGCCAAGGUUACACAUUUGUUUGAUAAUGGAGGGACCGUGUUCUUUGCUAUUUUCAUGGCAAUUUGGGCUACAGUCUUUCUUGAGUUUUGGAAAAGACGAAGAGCUGUAUUAACCUAUGACUGGGAUCUCAUAGACUGGGAAGAUGAAGAGGAAGAACUACGCCCCCAGUUCGAAGCUAAAUAUUCCCAAGUGGAAAGAGUGAAUCCCAUCACCGGAAAACCUGAACCUUUUCAGCCUUUCCCUGAUAAGCUCAGUCGACUGAUGGUGUCUGUCUCAGGAAUAUUCUUCAUGAUUUCGCUGGUCCUCACUGCAGUGUUUGCAGUCGUGGUCUAUCGUCUGGUAGCCAUGGAACAGUUUGCUUCUUUCAAGUGGUAUUUCAUCAAGAAGUAUUGGCAGUUUGCAACAUCUGGCACUGGUGUCUGUAUCAAUUUUAUGAUCAUCAUGUCACUGAACGUUGUAUAUGAAAAGGUUGCCUAUCUCCUGACAGACUUAGAGCACCCUAGAACAGAAUCUGAAUGGGAAAACAGCUUUGCCUUGAAAAUGUUCCUCUUCCAGUUUGUCAAUUUGAACAGCUCCAUCUUUUACAUUGCAUUUUUUCUUGGCAGAUUUGCAGGCCGCCCAGGAAAGUACAACAAGCUUUUUAACAGAUGGAGACUGGAAGAGUGUCAUCCUAGUGGCUGCUUAAUAGAUCUGUGUUUGCAAAUGGGAGUUAUUAUGGUUUUAAAACAAAUGUGGAACAAUUUCAUGGAACUAGGCUAUCCUUUAUUACAGAAUUGGUGGUCACGGCGCAAAAUGAAGAGAGGAGGGCAAUUAAUGGAGCAUAAAAUUUCUCUACCUCAGUGGGAAAAAGAUUGGAAUCUGCAGCCUAUGAAUCUCCAUGGUUUAAUGGACGAAUAUUUAGAGAUGGUUUUACAGUUUGGCUUUACCACCAUCUUCGUUGCUGCCUUCCCACUGGCUCCUCUCCUGGCAUUGCUUAACAACAUCAUAGAAAUCAGGUUAGAUGCCUACAAGUUUGUCACUCAGUGGCGAAGACCCAUGCCUGCACGAGCAACAGAUAUAGGUAUCUGGUAUGGGAUUCUGGAAGGAAUUGGAGUUCUGGCUGUCAUCACCAAUGCCUUUGUUAUUGCCAUUACUUCUGAUUACAUUCCACGUUUUGUCUAUGCAUACAAAUACGGUCCCUGUACAGAUCAAGGUUACAGACAAGAAAAAUGUUUAAAAGGAUAUGUCAACAGCAGUUUAUCAGUAUUUGAUUUGAGUGAACUUGGCAUGGGAUACUCAGGAUACUGCAGGUACAGAGAUUACAGAGCCCCACCAUGGAGUUCUACCCCAUAUGAAUUCACUUUGCAGUUCUGGCAUGUCCUGGCAGCACGGCUGGCCUUCAUCAUAGUAUUUGAGCACCUUGUUUUUGGAAUAAAGUCUUUCAUUGCCUACCUGAUCCCAGACAUGCCCAAGGAUUUGUGCGACAGAAUGAGGAGAGAGAAAUAUUUAGUCCAGGAAAUGAUGUAUGAGGCUGAACUGGAGCAUUUACAAAGAGAAAGGAAAAAGAAUGGGAAACAGUAUCACCAUGAAUGGCCUUAGUCACAACCACGCUGCCACAAAAACACUUUGGAAAUUGAAGAGUGCAGUUGAAAAAUGAAGUGAGAGUCUGGCAUCAGCAUGUGAGAUUCAUGGUGUAUAUGUGUUCUUGCUGCAGGCUUUGGUGGGAACUGGGAAAUAGACGCUUCUGAUGAAGAGAAUGGAAAGCCUUAUGUGUUACUGGUCUGUGGUGAGCACCAAGGAGAACUGGCACUCGGGAGUGUGCAGACAAAAAUGUGGACACUGGUUUAAAAAAAGGCAAUGAAUUUUCAUGCUGUCCAUGAAGAUCCUAACAGCAUGAUAAAAUUAAAUAAUUAUCUGUGAACUUAUACAGUAAGGGCAUGACUAAAACCAGCUUACAUGAUAUCCACUACUUCUACAGCUUCUAAUUGCUCAGCUCCAUCUGUAAUGCCUCUGAAGAAAAGAGCAAUUGUUGCCUUUGUGGCCAUAUCUUCAUAUAAAUGAUCUUUCAGGCUUACUGUUUUGUCAGGUUUGUCCUAGUCUCUUGUUGAGAUUGUGGAUGUGGUCCUACCCUAAAAAGGGGGUCUAUGGCUGCUUGAUAUAUACUAUGCAGUUUCAGAUUUGCACAUCAGUGUCAUUAAUUUAUCCUUCUAGUGGAAAACCAAAAAUUCUAAAUUCAAAGGGAAAACAGCAGCACUAAGAGAAUGCAUGGCAUUGCCCACAUUGCAGCUGUACCUGAAAAUGACAUGGCUGUUGAGUUGUCUUUCCACUUUGGUGUGCAGAAAGGCCACCUCCACACACUUCCAGGAUGACAGAGCUGUCAUUUUCAUGCUCUGAUGUAGCAUGCAGCUGUCUUAACUGUGUUACUGUUCCUUUUAGCCUGUCUGGGCAAUGAUUCCAUGAAUUCAGAGAAUGCUAAUGCUAACUUGAAAUAUUCUCAUACAGUGCAAAUGACUUUGUCCUCAAUAUACAGUGAACUCUUUAUAGUAUGCAAGCUUAUGCAGAUAUAUAUCAGACAUACAGUAUAAAAUUGUGAUUUGCUUGUUCAGGGAAGGAGAAGCAGAGCACGUUAUAACAAUGCUGCUCUUGUAAAUGUUCCAGUAAUGUGCACUUCUUUUAUUGACCUAAAUAAGUCAAAGCAUGGGAAUUAGAUACAGACAGAUAUGUAUACAGAUUGUAUAUAAGCACAGAGUGGUUACUUUUAGAUUUUUUAAUUAUUAUUUGUAUGCCUUCUUACAGUUUGGGGGAGGGGCUUUUGGAUAAAAUCACUAUAAAAGGUAGAUGUUCAUGUAAAGAAUCAAAUUUCAGUUUUUAUGUGCAUACAGCAGUGUUUGUUGCUUAUGUUUCUAGUCACAUUUUGGUGAUCAAACUGUCUAUUACUAGCAUUUCAUAAUAUGGGAAAAGGUAAGCACUGAACUUAAACAGGUGUGCAGGGUUCACUUGCAGAGAAGAGUGUGGAGAAAAAGAGAGUUAUACUUGUUCUAUUUCUCUCCUACAGUUUUAAAUAAUGCUUCUGUGCAUUGGAUGAGAAAAAAAUAAAAAACAAGGAGUCAGCAAAGCACAGGAACUAUAAAAGCUGCACAUUUUAAUGUUAUUUUUAGGAAUAAAGGUGCAGCAAAAUUACUGCAGAGAUAUGAAAGACCUAUACUUUUACUACUUACAAUACCCUAUCGAACCAAAAAGUGUGAUUCCAGUAUUCACUUGCAUAUAUUAGCAAAAUCAUUUUAUUUUAUUAUGCCAGAUAAUUGUAAGAGGCAAGUGUCCAUCUGGGUGGAUGAGUAGGAUAUUUUGUAUCCAGAGAGCCUAAUGUCACACCUUAAGUUCUUUAGUCAUUUCAUCAUAUUUAUGAGAUUUCUUGGUUAAUUCCAGCUCUCUGUGACCAGACAAGGCAACUCUAGGUGUAUCUGCAGCAUUGCACAAAGGAGGAAAGAAACUGGAAGGUAUACUCUAGUCAGAUAUAUUACCCUUAAGUGCUGUGGUAAAAAGGGCUGGCGGAACUCAGCUUCCCAUAUUUUGGAAAGGCUGUUCUGUUGCUUCAUAUUCUGGGUUGUGUGUUAAGUUCCUCAGGAGUCCAUAUGAGGAAUAAUGAAUGCACUCUCCUCAGUGCUUACAAAAAUCACAUUAGUUAAUUUCAUGUAUUGUCUCUCUCUUCCAUUCUGUGGAUUAUCAAGCACUGUUUGACAGCAUCGGCCAAGUGUGAUAGUAGUUCAGUUCUUCAUAAGGUCACAGAUGAGCUCUCUUUUUACUGUGUUCUCUGAAAACCAAGUGCCUUGGCUGGCCCAAGGUAUAAAGAUACGGGGCAAAAUUGGGCAAAAAUCAGAAGUGUUGAUUAUUUUAUACUUUCCUGUUUCUGCUGUGGGUAUUAGCACAUGUCAAUACAUACUUAGGCAAAUUCCAAUUGGCCUUAAACAUCUAAAAACAGAAACCUUUUUGUAUUUGAGAUAUAAGUAAAUCUGUUAUUAAUGACUUUAAACACUGGUGUAUGGGAGUAUAUCCAAGACAAGUAUGUAGAUCUGACAUCGUGCAUUUUAUGCACUGGAAAAGCACAAGAAGAGAAAAACAUUGAGUGUGUUCCUUUCUUUUUGGAGGACAUCAACAAUGCCUAAAGGUUUUGCCACUAUGUAGCCAUUUGCUUAAUCGGAGAAAACUUUUUGCUAGACUUCCUUUAGUAUGCUGUUUGCUUUGACUGCACGUUGUUUUACUAAAGUAUAAGGCACACACUGUCCUCAGGAAUAAUGUAUUUUAUGAAUGGUGAAUGAUCUUUUCAUAUCCUAAAUAUUGUCUUUCCAAACAGAUGACCAGUAUGAGUAGGCUGUGCAUGCAAACUGCCUUUGUGAAACCAGACAAAGCUUUAGAACUUCAAUUCGUGCAAAAAACGCUUUAGGUCAUUGCAGAUCUCAUCUAUGACAACUUUGCUCUAUGCAUGCGCCUUUAGAGAGACUGCAUGAGGUAUUUUGAAACACAAAGGAUCAGUCCAAAAUGUCUUAAUUAUUCCUAAUCAAAUUCUGUGUCUCAAGUCAGACGAAAGAAAUUUCCAUUUCAAAUAGGGGAAAAAAAAAAAAAGUCCAUAUGCAUUAUACACAUUUCUAAUGACUUUUUGUUCUAAAUUUGUGCCUAAUGUGUGAGAUCUGAAUUCUGGUGACUGAAAAAAAAAAAAAAAAGGAAAACAAAUAGUUCUGCCUCAUUAGCCAUCCUAAUAAGAGGUUCCUUCUUAGAUCUCAAAGCCUGCCCCCAAGUAGAGGGAUGCAUUAAGAGUUCAGCACUCACAAAUGAGCACGAGCAGGGCUGCCUGAAGGUUGAGCACAGGCUCUCUGUUACACUGUGAUGCAUUUUCCUUCCCAGGAAGACAGCAUGGUGAUCUGGCAUUUGGAAACAAGGCAAACCUCAUGGUGACAAUUAGUUUAAUAUUUUGUUCCCUAUCACUAUCCUGUUUAUUUUGAAGGAUUAAUAGCAAAAAUUUAGGUGAACAUUGAAUAUUGACUGUGAGAAGGGUAAAAUUUCCACAGUGAUGAUGGAUGAUAAGUGGGGUUUUUGUUAAAUGUUUCUACGUAUCUUCCUUACUACAAAACCCACACCAGCUCUUGCUGUGCCCUUUUCCAACAGCAACUUGUCCGAAAUUGUGUUCUGAGGAUCAGUUAGGCUCAUGUCCUUUUCCUCAAAAGAAAAAUGUCUGCAGGGCCUAGUGAAAAUAGGUUAAUAGAUACUUAAUGCAUAAAUUCAUCAGUCUCCUGAGGUGUCCUUCAUAACGGUUCAUAACAAAAAGACAAAAAUGUGAAACACAGCUUUAGGGUGAGCGUUAAUCUGAGGAAAGGCAAGAACUUUGGUCAUACUUUAUUCAAUGUGCCAUGAAGAUAAUCAGUGUAAUGUAAGUAGUGCAUAUCUGCUGUUUCCUCCCUGCAGCUUCUUCCACUGCAGUCUCUGAAUUAAAGCGCUGCUAGGGAGACUUUCUGGAGCCCUGGAAUCCAGUGGCAUUAUCUGCAAAGUCUUACAUGGCAUCAUGGGGCUUAAUAAAUGAACUUUUGCAUUAUGUCACUGUUAGUUCAGGGGCAAAUUAGCGCAUACCUAUUUGGAAGCAUCAUUUCAUUUCAAUCAACUGAAAAUCUUCUUUGUCCCUAAACAGUUUGUACACAGUUAAUUUACACAUAUCACAACUUUUCAUCAUGACUAUUAUAAAUUAGGGAUUUUUUGCAUACACUGGGCAAUGGCUGUAUCAAGAAAACACAUUUUAUACAAACAGUUAAAUGUUAAUGAAAAAUCAAACAAUCACAGAGCUAAAACUAGUGGUAUCAACAGUCUCUUACAAUGCAGUAGUACUUCCAGAAGCAUUUUAAUUUGUGUAAUCCUCAUAAACUACUGAUGUUUCUUAUUUGAGGGUAAAGGUUGUAACAAAUACACAUCUACCCUUUCAUAAUAACGUUGAUUUGGUGUUAAGGCUGACACUAGGAUUCAAACUGAAUUCCACCUUUAGACAGACUCAUUAUUUUGUUAGUUCCAAAGCUUUCUUUGUCUGACUAAAAUUAUUGCAGUGACACUUUCUGAAAGUGUCUAAGUGAAUUGCAAACCUAAAUUUCUGUGGUGGAAAAUAUAGCAGCUUGAAAAGAUCCCUAAGUCUUUUUAUACUCAACCUCAUGCUCACAAAGCCCAUGUUCUACUGGGAAAAUGCAACAAGCUAGCAUGUGGAGGCUGAAGAUGAACCAAGGAAGCAAAGGGCUGCUCUUCACACUCAGCAAGUUUUUCUCUGAAAGUCAGACAGAUUCUGCAAUACAAGGGUUUGGAGAUGGAGCAUGGUAGCAGCCCUCCUGAUCUGUUUUUUAAUCCCCUGCCUCAUUCUUAACUUACCCUCAGUAUUUUAUGAAGUGAAAGCUUCUUGCUGACAGUCUGAUUUCCAGGGCAAAUCUGUAACUGCAGCAGUUUUUGCAGGCUCUUUUUGGGUGUCCAUAACUGAGAAGCCAAAGCUGAAAGUGCACAAAUAGUAGUUUGUCUGGUGAUUUUUACAAAUUGGUGUGUGGUGGAGGGCAUGGUGUGAGGAAGCACGAGGUACAUCUACAUAUGCCAUUAGACCACUUGUUUCUGGGUAUGUCCUUUCAGCCACUUUCCCAAGCACUACAUUUGUACUCCUGAUGUCCCUCCCUACAGGCACCCUAAAUAGCCUACACAAUCCUAGCAUUUUAAGAUUUAUAUAAGUAGACUCAUAUUGACAAUUUUUCUCUACUAUUGACAUUGCAACCAUGUUGACCAGGAAUUUGUAUUGGCAUAGUUUGGGCAUAAUCAUGAUAGCACAGUGUUACCUCAACAGCACAAGGUUAGACCAGCACAGCAAGGAAUUGCAGAGAAAUCACAUUGCUAUUCCAUGUUACACAGGAACUUUUUUAACCCAGGGCUGGGAUUUAGCCUUGAAAUGUUAAUGGUGUGUUCCCUCUUCACUGCACCGGAAAUUACCUUAUAUUAGUUCUGUUGAUUCCUUCUGACUUUUUGCCAUAACUUCUAUGUUACGUGCUCUCUGUAGUUUUUGUUCUUAUUGCCAUGAGUUAGUUGUUAGGAUGCUGCUGGAUGAGAAAUUAGGGUUAAACCCAAUGCAGUCUAAAGCUAAUGAGACUCUAAAUACUGAGAACUCAAUGAUUUUUCUGUUAAUAACGCAAAACAAAAAAAUCAGAUCACCAUUUUAUUUUGUGUUCUGGUUGAGUGGCUCAGAGUUUUGUAUUGAAAAAUCUUCCAAACUCUUGGCUCUGAUUUUUACCUAGAGUACGAUCACUGAAAUUUUAGUUCUUUGAGAUGAUCUCAUGUAAAAUCUAACUGAAUGACAUAGUUAAGUCAUUUUUUAUUCUGAUAGUCCUGGCUAACUUGCAAUACCACAAUCAUAAGAGGUUUCUUAAAAUGUGUAUAUAUUUGAAGUUUAUGUAAUAUUUAAAUACAGCUUGGUUUCUAAGUAAGGAAUAAGAAUAAAAUUUCAACUAUUUUUUCUAUUCAUAAAUCCACACUUUGUAAGUAAUAUUUAGAAUAAGAUUACAGUACCACAGAGCGUUUCAGAGUAAUUGACUUUUCUGCACUACAAGCUGGAAGUUCUUCUGGCACGUCAGCUUUGGGUUUCUUUUGUGUUUUCAGAUUACUUUUACAAGCCAAUAUGUACCCCAGAACUAAAAGAAUUCACUGAGGAAAAAAUUGUUGAUCGGAUUAACUAUUGUAAGACACUUUGGCAUAAAUUUGUCUUUGAAAUGCUGUUUACUUUAUCAAGGUUUACAUGUACAAAUGCAACUACUUACUGUAU